GUUUAAUUAUAAGACUGACAUUUUUAUUAUAAAUUAAUGAUGUAUAAUUCAUCUUAAAGAAGAAAAAUUGAAUAACCAUCAACAGUGUUCUGUCUUACCAACGUAACAGAGAGAAAGAGAGAGAGAGAGAAAUAAAAAUAAGAAAAGAAAAACAAAAAAAGAAAGAUUCCAAUUACCGACACUUACCGACCGUCGAUAAAUUGACAAAUAAAAGUCACCUGGGUGAACACAUACAAGAGUGGAAGUGAGACAAAAUGUCUUUGAUUAACAAGUGUGGUAGAAUAAUUCUCGGCAAAGGUGUUCUCUGUUCACGUUGGAAUAAUUUCGAACGAACGAAAUUCCAAAUAAAAUGGGUCUCAUCGAGUUUCAAUGUAAACCAUGGACAGAACGGUUCAAAUAACGAUACUAUCAGGAAGUCAGUAUUCAUAUCCCAAUCCACUGAUGUGUUCACCAAUCUAGCAUUAGAAGAUUGGCUUUAUCGUAAUUUCGACUUCACGAAUCAUCAUAUAUUGUUAUUGUGGCGUAACGAUCCAUGCAUGGUAAUUGGCCGUCAUCAAAAUCCUUGGCUUGAGUGUAAUACUGGUAUCACGGAGAAACAUAAUAUACCAUUGGUUCGUCGUAAUAGUGGUGGUGGUACUGUUUAUCACGACAAUGGCAAUCUCAAUCUUUCCUUUUUCACACCGAAACAAAGAUAUAAUAGAAGAUAUAAUUUGGAUAUUAUCACUAGAGCAUUAUAUCGAGAGUGGGGAUUAAAAGCUGUUGUUAACGAACGUGAUGAUAUUGUUGUUGAAGGACAAUAUAAGGUAUCUGGUACAGCAGCCAAAUUAGGACGACCUAAUGCUUACCACCAUUGUACACUUUUAGUAGCUGCUAAUAAAACUUUGUUGAGUUUGAGUCUUCAGAAGAAAGAGACUGGAAUUAAAACAAAUGCUACAACGUCUUUGCGUUCGCCAAUAAAAAAUCUAACGGAAGUUAAUUCCGAGAUUACAAUAGACAAGCUGGUUAAUGCCGUAGGUUGGGAAUAUCUGCGUACAAAGCCGCUUGUUCUCGAAGAUGGCGGCUCUGAUCAUAUACAAGAACAAAAAGGUUUUCAAAUGAUUAAUCCCACUGAGGAUUGGUACCCAGGUAUCGAUAAAUUGAGGGAACAAUUCAGUUCGUGGGAAUGGACGUAUGGUAGAACUCCAGAUUUUACAGUUACGAAAACAUUUGAUGUACCAGCACCAAAUGGUAAUCUUUAUCGGCUCGAUUUAACAUUAGAAAUACAAAAAGGUAUUGUCGAGGAAAUAAGAAUGAGUUUACCGGCAAAUUUGGCAUCGUCUGAUUAUAAUCAAAACACUAACCUCCUCAACAAUCUUCGUGGUAUGAAAUACGAUAGCGAUGUUAUGGAUAACAUAAUUGCAUUGAUCAGUUGCAAAAAUUAUGCUGAGAGUAUGUCUCAGAAUAAAAAGAAGACUAAUAUGGUUGGUGGGACGCAAUGAUCGAUCGUUAUUUCUUCCGACAAUUCUACAAAACAGCAACAUCGAUAAGAUUCAUUAGAAUGAAGAAGAAGAAGAAGAAGGGACUAACGAAGGAACACAAUUUUCGAGUUGAGAUAACAUCACAUUUUUUUUUUCAAUGAUAUCACAUUUUACCAAAGAUUUUCACAUCACACUUGUAUUUUAAUAAUACUGUAUUCUCAUUUUGAUUUUAUAUUUUAUGUUAUUUUUAUCUUUA